UUACCUGGCUUGGCUCAUCGUUGGGGGGGGUGAAUGACAAUCUAAGAUUAUGAAUGAUGACUGUCAUUUGAACGUCGACGCAAUGGCAGAAAGGUUUGGUCAAGUUGAGUCGGAGAAGCAACCCACCGCGAACAACGACAGGCCCAAAGUCACCUGUCUAGAUACGCUGAUGGAAACGCUGGUACACUGCGAGUUGCCACGUCGUAUCAGCGGGGAAUCCAACCAAUCUGCGAGCAACAAGUUCGUGGUGAACUGCACGGGAACGGUGGCGAAUUCGAAGCGACGCUGCGUCGUGUGUAAGGGGCUAGCAACGGGUUAUCAUUACGGUGUGGCAUCGUGUGAAGCCUGUAAGGCGUUUUUCAAAAGAUCAGUCCAAAAGAAGCUUACCUACUUGUGCUUGGAGAAGCGACAGUGUGAGGUUUCCCAUGGCAACAGGCGAACUUGCCAGGCCUGCAGAUACACGAAAUGCAUCAAAGCGGGCAUGCUGGUGGAUGGUGUUCGGAAAAACCGGAGUAAAGGUGGUCGCCAGGAGUACAGGCGCAAACCUGAUGAGAAAGACUUCUCACCCUCUACGUCGGGCAAGAAACGAAAAUAUAAAAUUGCUUUGGAGUUUUCGAAGCGACUGCUCGAGAUCGAACCCGAGGCGCUCAAAAUCAGUGUAGCAGACGAUCUCAAAGCCUGUUUUUGCUCCGGUGACAAGACGAAGUAUGUGACCGGUAUGCAAAUACUGGCCGAGUUAGCUGACCGAGCCUUGCUAACGACUGUUCGCUGGGCAAAGAAGAUUCCAGAUUUUGACAAGUUGUGCCUGAGCGACCAAAUGGCGCUCCUGAGCAACUCGUGGAUGGAGAUCCUCCUACUUAACGUGAUCUACCGAAAUGCCGUCCUUCCCGCGCCCAGCGAGGGAGGGGGAAUCGUCGUCCUCGCCAACGGGCUCAAGGUGUACCGGGAAGACAUCGGGCAGGGGAAGUCAUCACCCCUCAUCUUCGAGCAGAUCAUGAAUCUCGUGGACCGGAUGCGUCCGCUCAGACUCAGCAAGGCGGUUAUUGUGAUUCUGAAAGUCAUGGUGCUUUUCAACGCAGGUCCAUCCUUGUCGAACCGCCUCCCUCUGAAGUCCCACAAGGAGCUCUUGGAGAUGCAUGCAACCGUCCACGAUGCCUUGCACUACCGCAUCCAGCAGGAGCAUUCUGGCAACGCCCGCCUGGUCUAUCACCUCAUGAUGAUACUGCCCUUGAUUAAGGACACCGCCCUGACCAUCACCAGCCUGAUCUGGGGCGGGUUCUUCCGUGAGCGGGUGCCCAUGCAGCAGCUGCUCAAGGAGGUCCUGCAGCCCAUCCUGCAGGCGGGCGAGAGGAAUUGUCCGGCCACGGUGAGCCCGGCCCAUCACGACGACCGGGCAGAGACCUCAUCAGCUGUGCCCGGGCGACCGUCCGACACCAGCAUCUAUGAACGCCAUUUUGUUGACAACAGCGAGCCAAGAGAGGCGGGCUAUCCGAGGAGUCAGCUAUCCCCAGACAGUUUUGUUCCGAAGUUGUGUUUAAACGAGAAGAGCGUCAUCGGGGGGAAAGACAGCGAUGCGGCUGCGCUACCCCGCCGACUCUGCGCUGUGUGUGAGGGGUUCGCCACCGGGUACCACUACGGUGUGGCGUCGUGCGAAGCCUGUAAAGCCUUCUUCAAAAGAACAGUUCAAAGAAACUUGUGCUAUUCGUGUUCUGAGGAUGGACGGUGCGACGUGUUUCACGGUAAGAGACGGACCUGCCAGGCUUGCCGAUACGACAAGUGCAUUCAGGUUGGCAUGAUGGUCAGCGGUGUUCGGCUGAAUCGAACUAAAGGUGGGAGACAGGAAUACAGACGCAGACCUGAUGAGCUUGGCUUCACGUCCGUAAAUUCUGGGAAGAACCAGAGAAGGGCAAGAGAUGAGAUGUCUGAUUUCUGCAAGACCCUGCUGGAGAUUGAGCCAGGGGUUCUUCACAUCAUUCUGCCGGACGCUUCUUCGGACGGCUUGGAUCAGUAUCACGCCGCGGGUGGCAGACCUCCCAUCCAAAAGUUGUGGAUGGAGCGACUGGCUGAAGCUGCAGACCGGGCCUUGACCAAUACCGUCCAAUGGGCCAAGAAAGUCCCGGGCUUCGACAAAUUGUGCCUGAAUGAUCAGAUGGCCCUGCUCUGCAACUCGUGGAUGGAAAUCUUGCUGGCGAAUGUGAUCUACCGGUCCACGCAAAUUCCACCCUACGGAGACAACUCGACCAUGAUCUACUUCGCAGACGGCUUCGUCGUGACCAAGGAGAUGUGUCACGGAACGCGCAGGGCUCCCCUUAUUUACAGCCAGAUUGUCAACAUUGUCGAGAGACUCAGAGAGCUCAACAUUAGCAGGGUGAUCAUGGUGCUUCUGAAAGCGGCCAUUCUACUGAAUUCGGGUCCGUCGCUAGCCAACCGCAUUUCACUGCAGUCACCCCGCGAGGUGCGACAGCUCCAGGAAACCGUCUACACCGAGUUGCACUACCGCAUCAACCAAGAGCAUCCGGGCGACUCUCGUCUAGUGUACCACCUCCUCAUGAUCCUGCCGCUCAUCAAGGACGUUGCCGUGACGGUGGCCAGCCUGGUCUGGAUCGAGUUCAACCAGGAGCAUGUCUUCAUGCAGGAGCUGCUCAACGCGAUGGUUCGGCCCAUCAUCCAGACCAAGUCGCACCAGGUGGUGCCCUGCUGUUGCAAUCACGAAGGAUGCAAGGACCAUAUAGAGAAAUAUAGCGGCCGAGUUUAUGAGGAUGGGACUGAAGACGAUACCUGAGUAACACCGGAUAAGACACAAAAAUCCUCUUAAAAACGACUAGGUGUACGUCUUAAGAAUACUCGGUAUUCACUACAUAAAAAUAGUAAUAAUUAUUAUAAUAACCAGCAUUUAAAACACUAUUUUUAGUAAACUGAAUCAUAGCGCUUACAAAUGAUAAUUAAUCGAAUAAUUACAUAAACUUAAUACACUAAUAGAGUUAACAUUGAAAAUAUAUUAUCGUUUUCAUUAUUUGUGGAAAAGGUAGGUUUUGAGCAUUUUCUUAAAUUGUUCCAAUGACAUCGCGCACUGAAUGUGCUCGUUUGAUUUUUUUCUUUGCAAUAUAUUUUCAUAUUGCACUAUUUUCAGUUUAGCGUUGUGAACCCGGGACAUACUACAUCUUAUGGGGCCUUCUACUAGGCACUCAUGUCACAGUAUAAGUGACUGUGUGUACAGACAAUGGAUUGUCUGUCUGGUGUGAAAUCCAGAACAACCAAACAAGCAGAAGCGUACCAAAGUGAGCAUUCACAGGAACGUCAGUCUGGUAAUUCUGUCUUUCUUUAAAACCUUGUAAUAUUGACUUUUCACAAGCCCUUUGCCUCGGGUGACCUCACAUCUUGCUCCAUAUGAAGAUUCGGAUCAGCUGGAGGUACACUGUAAUGGUUAGCAAAAGGCGUAUUAAUCAGGACACUUUAGACUUUAUUGAAAUUAUCAUAAUCAUUCUUUUUAGCCAAUAUUAUUCCUUUAUCUAAAAUAUUUGUUAUGCUCUAUGCGUUUUGGACGUUAGACCCAUAGAAAAGGCAUUUUUAGAAACAUGUCAAUACAGUGAAUGCGCCGAUGAUAUCGAGUGUACAUUGCACUUGAUAAGAUAAAUCGACGACCAUUGGUAUAACUACGAUACGCAAAUCUGUUUUGCUGAUUUCCUGCUCAAAGUGGUGGGCGCCGUUCAAAGUGCUGUUGACUCCUGCAUGGGCAUUAGAAUGAUAGCAGGUACGUUGAGUGUUAAUGAUCUCUGCACUCUAAUCAUGCACUCGUCGCAUUAAAGCAACGAGGUUUAUCAAGUAGACCCAAUUACAUGAAACUGCCUCUUUUUUGUAUAAAAGCCUCUUCUAGCGCUAUCUACACCCGCCGCGCCAAAAAGGAUAGCCAAACAGAUCAGCAUUAAAACAAGGUGU